AGGAGGAGCAGCAGCACAGGCCUCCGGGCCCCCGCGCCGCCGCCCGCAGGACAUCACUGAUUCAUUUGCAACCUUGAAGAGUAUCUGUAGAAGAGGAAGGAAAAGAUGGGUGUGAAGACAUUUACUCAUAGCUCCUCCUCCCACAGCCAGGAAAUGCUUGGAAAACUAAAUAUGUUGCGAAACGAUGGACAUUUUUGUGAUAUCACUAUCCGUGUCCAGGACAAAAUCUUCAGGGCACACAAGGUGGUACUAGCAGCUUGCAGUGAUUUCUUUCGCACCAAACUUGUAGGCCAAGCAGAGGAUGAGAACACAAAUGUGUUGGAUCUGCAUCAUGUUACAGUGACCGGCUUUAUACCUCUUUUAGAAUAUGCCUAUACAGCCACUCUGUCAAUUAACACAGAAAAUAUUAUUGAUGUUCUAGCUGCAGCCAGCUAUAUGCAAAUGUUUAGUGUUGCUAGUACCUGCUCAAAGUUCAUGAAAUCAAGUAUUUUAUGGAAUACACCCAAUAGCCAACCAGAAAAGGGUCUAGAUGCUGGACAAGAAAAUAAUUCUAACUGCAAUUUCACUUCUCGAGAUGGAAGCAUUUCUCCAGUGUCUUCCGAGUGUAGUGUGGUAGAAAGAACCAUUCCUGUCUGCCGAGAAUCCCGGAGAAAACGCAAAAGCUACAUCGUUAUGUCUCCUGAGAGUCCGGUAAAGUGCAGUACACAAACAAGUUCUCCCCAGGUGUUGAAUUCUUCAACUUCCUAUGCAGAAAAUAGAAACCAGCCAGUUGAUUCUUCUUUAGCUUUUCCCUGGACUUUCCCUUUCGGAAUUGAUCGAAGGAUUCAGCCUGAGAAAUCUAAGCAGGCAGAAAAUGCACGGACUUUAGAAUUACCUGGGCCAUCUGAGGCAGGUAGACGAAUGGCAGAUUAUGUGACUUGUGAGAGCACAAAAACUACCCUGCCUCUGGGUACUGAAGAAGAUAUCCACGUCAAAGUAGAGAGAUUAAGUGAUGAGGAGGUGCAUGAAGAAGUGUCCCAUCCUGUCAGUGCAUCUCAGAGCUCAGUGAGUGAUCAGCAGACAGUGCCAGGAAGUGAGCAAGUCCAAGAGGACCUUCUGAUUAGUCCACAGUCUUCCUCUAUAGGCUCUGUAGAUGAAGGUGUGACAGAAGGGUUGCCUACUCUUCAAAGCACGUCUAGCACUAACGCUCAUGCAGAUGAUGAUGAUCGUACAGAACGACCAAGUCCAAAUGGUCCAGACAGACCUUUUCAGUGUCCAACCUGUGGGGUGCGAUUCACCCGUAUUCAGAACCUAAAACAGCACAUGCUUAUCCACUCAGGAAUUAAACCAUUUCAGUGUGACCGCUGUGGGAAAAAGUUCACCAGGGCUUACUCGCUAAAGAUGCAUCGCCUAAAGCAUGAAGUGAUUUCUUACUACCGGACUACUUAAACCAGGAGCAAGAUGAGACCCUUGUUCAGUAUGAUCUUGGAGAACAUGGUUUUGAAAGCAACUCCUCUGUUCAAAUGCCUGUGAUAUCACAGGUCUCCUCAACCCAGAAUUGUGAAAGCACUUUCCCCUUGGGGUGUCUUGGUGGUCUUGCAGAAAAGGAAGAAGUUGUUCAAGAGCAGCCAAAGACCAAUGCCUGUGCUGAGGCCACCAGAGAUGAGACCCCCAAAUCAGAGCUGUCGUCUAUAACUAUUGAGUAAUUUUGUGAUUUUGGCUUCAUUUUUGUUUUUAUUUGGGAAGUGCCUGUGCUUAGUCUUGUACAUUUAAAUUUAAUUUUUUAAACAAAAAAGAAAGGUUUGGAAAAGAAUUUCCUUUUUCACUUUGUAAGCCCAGAAACUGAUUUUUUUUUUAUUUUUCUUAACUGAGACACUGCUUCUGUAUGUAUAUUAUAAUAACAUAAUAUUGAAGCAGAAUAGGAACUAUGAGUCUUCUGAGAACAAGUUUAUUUAACAUAUGCCAGUUCUUCCUUCCAUUGUUAAAAGUGGGCUAACAACCAAUCAUUAGAUAAAGAAGAAAUCAGAUGGUUUCAGACCUUCUGGAUAUGAAAGGGUACAUGAGAAAAUUACUAAACAAUAUGAAAAUAGUCUGAGUGGAUAUUUACUCCUUUUUCAGGGUG